AUGCACCGCGGGUUCCAGUGACGUCCAGGCUAGCUGAGGUGAAACGGUUAUUUUCAGUUAACUACAUGGCUGUUUAAAGAGCGGAGGAAGCUACACCUGAACCGGCGCGGUGCUUUUGGUUCACGGAUUAUAAAGCUCAUCGGUCGCUCUCCUGCUAAGGAUUUUAUCUACCUCUCAGGUUGUUGUUUUAGUUUAUUGCAAUGUUAUCAUCCGUUCCAACCAGAAUACUGACGCGAAGGUCGCGCAGCCUGUCACCGUGUGCUCGGGUGCUUCAGACCAGCGCCAGCGGAGCCGCAGUUCAAACACCGGCGGAGACCAACCGCAACCCCAUCGUAUCCACGUCCCGGGUCUCUAGGAGGGGGAUUUUGUCAGAGGAGACCGCUGGUACCAGCGUGAACCAUUCUGUGCAGUACCACCACCUCGCCCCAAGAUGGCUGUCAAACCUAGAGAAUCGCCGCAGUUCAUGGGCGGCUUUGGCCAGCAGAGGGCGCCAAAACAACCAAUACUGGGAGGACGGCAAGCAGAGCGGUGGAAGCGGGAGCCGGGGUUCAGGUGGAGAUGCCAGCCGAGCCGGACUGGCCUCAGCUGGGGUGCUGACAGCCGCAGCGGUGGCCUUUUGCCUGAGGAAAGACUCAGAUAACAAAGGUGAUGCUCUUCUGGAGGCAGCAAGAAUCAAUAAUGCACAAGAUGUGUCCAGGCUAAUAAAAGAAGGCGUGGAUCCAAACCAGCGCCACCGCCUGGGGUGGACGGCUCUCAUGGUGGCUGCGAUGAACAGACAGCACAGUGCGGUGAAGGUUCUUCUUGAAGCCGGUGCCGACCCGAAUGCAGGAGAUGACUUCAACAAUGUUUAUGACACCUCUAGGGAGAAAGGCAUCCACUCUCUGGAAGUUCUGGUGUCCAGAGAGGAUGAAUUCAGCAGCAGGCUCAGCAGCAGGGCUGGUUUCCGUGGCUGCACUGCUCUUCACUACGCCACAUUGGCAGAUGACCCACUGGCUGUCCGCAUGCUUCUGGAGGCUGGUGCCAACCCGCUGCAAACCAAUGGCCUGGGACACACAGCACGGGCCUAUGCCAAAGAGGGAGAAGUGAGCACAAUGCUGCAGGAGUGGGAGGGAAAGUUUAAGGAGCUGCAAGAGCGUCGGGAGGCAGAGGAAAGGAGGAGAUUUCCCCUGGAGAGGAGGCUGAAGGAGCACAUCAUCGGUCAGGAAGGGGCCAUCAAUACAGUGGCUUCAGCCAUCAGAAGAAAGGAGAACGGUUGGUACGAUGAAGAGCAUCCUCUCGUCUUCCUUUUCCUUGGCUCAUCUGGAAUCGGAAAGACGGAGUUGGCCAAGCAGGUGGCACGCUACAUGCACAAGGACGUUAAAAAGGGUUUCAUUCGUAUGGACAUGUCUGAGUUCCAGGAAAAACACGAGGUGGCAAAGUUUAUUGGCUCUCCUCCAGGCUACGUCGGCCAUGAGGAAGGCGGUCAGCUAACCAAGUUGCUGAAGGCAUGCCCCAACGCUGUGGUCCUGUUUGAUGAGGUGGAUAAGGCUCAUCCUGACGUUCUUACCAUCAUGCUGCAGCUGUUUGACGAGGGACGUCUCACAGACGGCAAAGGAAAGACCAUUGAGUGUAAGGAUGCCAUUUUUAUCAUGACGUCAAAUGUUGCAAGCGAUGACAUUGCCCAGCAUGCUUUGCAACUGAGGCAGGAGGCUGAGGAGGUCAGUCGGAGGAAGCUGGCCGACAACCUUGAGGAUGUACAGAAAAGUGAUGACAUUAAAAUCUCCCAACAGUUCAAGGAAUCCGUGAUUCGGCCCAUCCUGAAGGCUCAUUUCCGGAGGGACGAGUUUCUCGGUCGGAUCAAUGAGAUUGUGUACUUCCUGCCGUUUUCUCACUCAGAGCUGCUGCAGCUGGUCGGCAAAGAGCUCAACUUCUGGGCCAAAAAGGCUAAGCAGCGCCAUGACAUCACUCUUCAGUGGGAUCGCCAGGUCCUGGACCUCUUAGCAGGUGGAUAUAACCUCCACUAUGGAGCACGUUCCAUCAAACAUGAGGUUGAGCGACGUGUUGUCAACCAGCUAGCUGCGGCGUACGAGCAGGAGCUGCUGCCAAAAGGCUGCACCCUACGGCUCUCCGUCCAAUCAGAAGGCCGGGAGGAGCGCAACUCGCCCAGCCUGCGCCUUGAGGUAGUGGGAGAGGACAGCUCCUCAAAAAUGCUGGACAUCCGUCCACCACUGAAUCCUGAACACUAAAAAAAA